UAUCAAAUGUAUUUCUCUUAGUGCUUACAAAAACAAAACAGAAGAAUAAUUUGGUUAUAAUUCAGUGCAAAUGAACUACUAGUACUAUCUGUAGUUAUCUAUUUAAAUUUUAAUAUUAUAAUUAAAUUAUGUUAUACAUUGAUUUUAUAUACUUCAAUGAAAGGUUUAUUUAUAAAAGUUAUUUUAAAUAUGAUUUGUUUGAAGAAGCGGCUUAAAAACAUUACUCUUUUGUUAGUUUUAGUGAUCGUGCUUUACUUUUUCGGGGCUUUUCAUCAUUUUUUUGAAAGAGACUUUUAUAAUGAUUUUCAUUACCCAUAUGAUGGUGAUAUACAACCAUUUAUUGAACAAAUGAAAAAUAAUGUAACCCCUGAAAUAUUACCUAUUAAUCAGUAUUCUUUUAAAUAUUAUAAAACUUGUACCCAUAAAUGCACUAAUAUUAAGAAAUUACGAUUAGUGUAUUUAGUCAAAAGUGCUCCAGAAAAUUUCGACCGUAGGAUAGCAAUCCGGAGUAGUUGGGGCUUUGAAAGAAGAUUUUCUGAUGUUGAAAUAAGGACAGUAUUUCUAAUAGGUGAAAGAAAAUCCAAAGUACUACAGCAAUCUGUCGAUGAAGAAUAUAAACGAUAUUUGGAUGUUGUUCAAGCAAAUUUCACUGAUAGUUAUUAUAAUAAUACUUAUAAGACUAUGAUGGGUAUACAAUGGGCUGUCAGAUAUUGUCCAAAUUCUAAUUUUUAUAUGUAUGUAGAUGAUGAUUACUAUGUUUCUACUAAAAACGUUUUACGAUUCUUAAGACAUCCAACUAAUUAUCCUCAAUAUAUAAAAGAUCCUUUUGCUGCAGCUAAUAAACUUUUAAGAAGAAGACAAUUUAAAAGUUUUGAGGACAGUACUAGACUAUAUGCAGGUUAUAGAUUUCAUUCAGCACCACUUAGACAUUUUUCAAGUAAAUGGUUUGUUUCCCUAUCUGAAUACCCAUACCAUAUGUGGCCACCUUAUAUUACAGCAGGAGCUUAUAUCCUUUCUUCGAGUGCAUUGAUAGAUAUGUUUUAUGCAAGUUUCUAUACCAAACACUUUAGAUUUGAUGAUGUUUAUUUAGGUUUAUUAGCUUUUAAAACAAAAAUUGAUCCUUUGCAUUGCGAAGAGUUUUAUUUUUAUAAAAAGACUUAUUAUAGAUUUGAUUAUAAUUUUACUAUUGCCACACAUGGGUAUAGCGAUCCUAAGGAGUUGUUGCGUACUUGGACUGAACAAAAGAGUCUUGGGAAUGCUUGAUAUUUUUCAAAUUACUUUGUUAUGACAUAAUAUAACAAAAUUAUCUUUAUUACCCAAUUGAAAACUGAAUUUAGAUGUAGUGUAUUGUUGAUGUUACAUUAGUUUAUAUGAACUAUUUCUAUGACUAUUUCCUUUGAAAAAUUUAAGCCAACCAAAAAGCUGUAAUAUUUUAUGUUUACCUAGCAACGAUCAAAUUUCAGCGAUAAUACUGCACUAGUGCAAAUUAUCGAUAAUUUGCACUAGUGCCAAAUUUUCGUCUAGGAUUAAUAAACAUCAUUUGGUUUUAAUUUUAUAUUUUAAGAAAAGGAACAAUUAUUGUUUAUUUUAAAUUAAAUUUUUCUCAGGAAAUAGUCUGCCAAAAUGCCCUCUCGUGCAUGUCAAAUUGUCUCAUAAUUUCCUCUUGUGCGCAUUCGCGCACUCGAGAAAAUUAAAUUAUCGACAAUUUGACAUGCACUCGGGACAUUAAUAUUGAAUAUUUUUCCUUAACUUUUUAUUGGAAUAAUUUGCUUAUUGUGCCUUUAGAACUAUUAGGAAAGAAUCAUUUAGUGUGACCUCAGAUUAUUUUCGUACGGAACUAAUUUCUAGGAAAAUUUAGAAUCAAGCUCUGUUUAUCCUAUAUACACUUAUACUUUUUUAUUUACCCACGUUCCAAUUUGGGACUAGUAGAUUAUAAUUCUUAAGGAAAAUCUGUCAUUUUCUGUACUAUAUAAACUAUUAUAUAAGUACCCAGUAAAGCAAAAAAUGGCUUAUAUAUUAUUUUCUAUGCAUUCAAUAUUAAAUGUAUGAUAUAUUGUUUAUAUAAUCCCUAAAUAAUUCAUACUCUGUAAAUAGUUUGAAUCAUCCUAAAACAACUUUAAUUAAAGGAAUUACUAUAGUUUAUAACAAACUUUCCCUUGUCUAUUCAUUUAUUUACCCAUAUACCUAAUGAAAACCAAUUUACAUCAUACAGAUGAAAACAAGUAUGAAAUCAUUUUAGUAUAAUUGUUAGAAGUUUGGUAUUUUACAGCUUUGUACUAUAAAGUUUAAUGAGGAUUGUGAGAAUUGUACUUUAAGGUAUGUUUAAUAAAUUAUUUGUAUAUUUA